AUGGCAGCAGCGGUUUGCGGCAGUGUGUUGACAGCGACAGAGUGUUUGCGACGGCGAAGCUACCGGCAUGGCGGGCGCGGCGGAUUGCGGCAGUGUGAAGAUGGCGGAGGCUGAAAGGAGUGCAGAAACGCUCAAGGAGAAGGCGAAUAACUACUUUAAAGAGAAGGACUAUGAGAAUGCCAUCAAAUAUUACUCUGAAGCUGUGGAACUGAACCCUGACAAUGCCAUCUACUAUGGAAACCGCAGCCUGGCUUACCUCCGCACAGAGUGCUAUGGCUAUGCCCUGGCAGACGCCACUCUCGCCCUGGAGCUUGAUAAGAAUUACAUCAAGGGGUACUACCGGCGUGCCACCUCCAACAUGGCACUGGGCAAGUUCAAAGCAGCGCUCAAAGACUACGAAACGGUAGUAAAAGUGAGGCCCAAUGACAAGGAUGCCAAGCUGAAGUACCAGGAGUGCAGUAAGAUCGUCAAGCAGAAGGCGUUCGAACGAGCCAUCGCCAGCGACGAGCUCAAGAGAUCAGUGGUGGAUUCGCUGGACAUUGAGAGCAUGACUAUCGAGGAUGAGUACUUGGGUCCCAAGCUUGAGGAAGGGGGGAAGAUCACACUGAAGUUCAUGAAGGAGAUGAUGGGCUGGUUCAAGGACCAGAAGAAACUGCACAGAAAGUGCGCCUACCAGAUUUUGGUACAGGUGAAAGAGGUUCUAUCCAAGCUUCCCAGUCUUGUAGAAAUUACAUUAAAAGAGACAGAGAAGAUCACGAUAUGCGGUGACACACACGGACAGUACUACGACCUGCUGAAUAUAUUUGAACUGAACGGCUUGCCCUCUGAAACUAACCCCUAUCUCUUCAAUGGGGACUUUGUGGAUCGUGGCUCCUUCUCUGUGGAAGUGAUCUUGACCCUGUUUGGGUUCAAGCUGCUGUUUCCAGACUGUUUCUACCUGCUCAGGGGGAACCACGAGACAGACAACAUGAACCAGAUGUACGGGUUCGAGGGUGAAGUGAAGGCGAAGUACACCGCACAGAUGUUCGAGCUGUUCAGCGAAGUGUUUCAGUGGCUGCCCCUGGCGCAGUCCAUCAACGGCAAAGUGCUGGUGAUGCACGGGGGUCUCUUCAGCGAAGAUGGGGUAACGCUGGAUGACAUCCGGAAAAUAAACAGGAACAGGCAGCCUCCAGAUUCAGGGCCAAUGUGUGAUCUGCUCUGGUCGGACCCACAGGCUCUGGACGGCCGGUCGGUCAGUAAGCGAGGGGUCAGCUGUCAGUUCGGCCCGGACGUCACUAAACGGUUCCUGGAGCAGAACCAGCUGGAUUACAUCAUCCGCAGCCACGAGAUGAAGUCUGAGGGGUAUGAGGUCACGCACAAUGGGCAGUGCAUCACCGUCUUCUCAGCGCCCAACUACUGCGACCAGAUGGGGAACAAAGGUGCAUAUAUCCACCUCAAGGGGUCCGACCUCAAACCUGAGUUUCACCAGUUUGCAGCUGUGCCUCACCCAAAUGUCAAGCCCAUGGCAUACGCUAACUCCCUGAUGCAGAUGGGGAUGAUGUAACUGUGCUGGGUCUUUUUUGGGGGGGACCCGCCGCGAGACUUGUUUUGUUUUUCGUCAAUUCUUUUUCCAUAUCUUCCUCCUCUCACCCUCCCACCCUCCCUGUCCGCUGAUCUGGAAAAACAAACGGAAAAGGGGCGCAGUGGGAUUGUGUUUCCGCCAGAGAAAACCGCACUUUGUACAAAAAUUAUCUUUUUUUUUUUUUUUUUUUUUUUUUCAGACUCGGUAUUUAUAAAAACGACACAGGGCCUCGCUGCUACUCUUAAAGAGGUUGGGAAGGGAGGGUUGGGAUCUCAAUUCUGCUCCCCUCACUCCAGCCUGUGUAAUGCCUGUGGCUGACACGGCUGUGAAGUUAGAAUCCACUAAAAGAUUGUCAGAGGCUGUGUCUGACUGGCCCCUGAAUGUAAUUUAAACUGCCAUUGCGGACGCGGAUUCUGGAGAAAUCAUUUUAGCCACACCUUCCUCCGCUGAGUCUGCCCAGCGAGGUUUUUACAGUAAAAGUAGGCAGGGAUCUUCUGUUCAAGAAUAUCGGGGUCGCGAAAAACCUGAUCGCUCCAGACUGUCUCUGAUUUUGCCUUUCAAGUCGCACUAUACUGAAUGAAAGUUAUUUAAUUGGGCUGCUGGGUAUAUAUCCUGGCCUUUUUUUGUAAGUACUUGAAACUGAUAAAAGGUUUACCUGAAUCUGUAGCUAUUUCGUUGACAACAGCAUGACAUAGAGGCUACCUUAAAGUCGAAAUGCUAUUUCUUACCCAGUUGAGAGCAGAUUUGGCCCCCAGUCAUGCUGGCUAAUUUUAAUGAUCAACAAGGGUUGGACUGCGGGCUAAGUGGAUUUCUACCCCAGCUGUUAAAACAGGACAGGUCAAGGGUUGUGCGGGUUGCCCAGUCUGUCUUGGAGGGCAAUUGAUAACACUAGAAAUCAGAAAUAGGAUUCCCAAUGGUGUUGUAGCAUAGAACGUGUUCUUGUCUGAAAUAAAGAAAAAUGUUCUUCCAGCAACAAUUGGCUUAACCUGAGUCUGUGGAAAAGGUCAUCAGAGUCAUAAGGCUGUAGAGCUUACCGGGGGGAAAAACAAUUCAAUCUUGUAGCUCAAAUGGAUCUCCUUUUGAUUCGAAUUGGAUUUGUACCCAGCGUUGGCACACUUGCUAAUCAACACCUUGUAUUGCAUGAAUAAGAAAAGAUGUAAUAGAAAUGUUGUUUGGCAUACUUUUCCUUUAUGGAAUAAAGCCUGUACUCUGAUAGAGUUUCCAGUUAAUUACAGGCAGCAGGAGUUCUUCAGUACUUGACCCUUUUCUGCCGAUAAAUGUUUGCAGAGAGUCAAAUUGGCUGCACUUCCCUAAAGAUGAUGAUCAAAGUCCUGUUUAAAUACAGUAGUGCAAAUGUAUUCGAACACCUCAAGAUUUCUCAUGUAUAUCCUUUAUAUACCUACCAGCAGUGGUUUGUCAAGUCAUAGACGUGCUAGUUUGAGUGAUGAAGGCAUUUCUGUCAUUUCCAAAAGCGUUGUUAUCCCAGAUUGUGGUCUUUGCCUGUAACAGGGUUGGGGUCUUUUUCUGUUUUUCAAUUCAUUCCCAAUUUCCAUUCCAUUUUAAUCAAUUCCAACACAUUAUUGAUUAAAAUUGCAAUUGGCAAUAUUCUGUUAAAAUGAGCUUCUCACCGUGACAACAAAUGACUUAAAUUGAAAUCGCUGUUCAUCAAUUAAAUUGGCUUCAAAUGAAAGCAGUUGAACAACCACAGUAAUUGUUCAACUGCUUUCAAAGGAAUUGGAAUUUAAAUUGAUUUUAGGGGGUCCCCGAGUGGCUCCCCUGGUAGAGGUGCAGCCACGUGGUGCGCAGGGUGGGUCAGACAGCACAGGUUCGCAUCCUGGCUGUGCAAAGUAGGCUGGUCUUCGCUGGGGACUCCGAAGGGAGCGUCGCAUUGGCUCCCGCGAUUUAGGGAGGUAAAACCGACAGGGACUGUUUCUCCUCAUCGCUUUACAGUGAACCCUGCUGGCCAGGCGCCCAGUGAGUUCAGAACGGACACCUGCAGGGCUGGUGUCCUCCAGAGGUCAGUAGUUUGCUGACAUCCGCUCUCGAGUUGGGGGGUGAAAAAGGAAGCUGGAUUGGUUGUGGGAUUGGAGGACGGCCACUGAAUGUUCUGGUCUCCCGAGCCAUGGGGGGGGGGGGGGGGGUGGUUCGGGGAGGAACUGGAAUUGACCCCAACCCUGAUCAGGAAGCAGCAGUUUUCACACUUCGGUAUUGAAAAAAUCGCUAGAUCUGAAAAUAAAAUGAAAAAAAAAAAAAACAGAACCAAAAGUUUUUCCGCAAAAGAACAAAGAGGGAGGAAGGGUAAAUGAUUUUUAAUUAUUUGUGCUGACAAUGCCAUAGCACACCGCAAUAUGAUUGAAUCCUUUUUUUUAUUUUCUGUUUUUUGGACAUUUCCUCAACAGGUUUUGUUCUGUGUCGGCUGCUUUGAAAAUUAGAAAUUUGAGUGACCUACCCUGAUCCUGUCUCUAGUCUACAGAUAUAGCUAAAGGUUUUGCAUCACCUAGAAUUUUAAAUUAAAAAAAAAAAAAGAAAUAUAUCAACAUAUAUAUAUUUUUUUUAUAACAUCGUGUAAUCAAAGAAACUACCAAGUGAUAUCGCAAAAGUCUACCGGAAGCCAUAAACAAUAUUUCAAGUUUAGAUUUCAAAAUGUUCAAAGUGUCCGUUUUCCGUUAAGUAUAUGGAAAACUACGACGCGGUAUGUAACUCAAUAUGUUAACAUCAUUCAGCAGGUUUCAACAUACUAUAAGAAACCAAAAAUGUGUUCAUUCUACAGGGUGAUGCUAAACUUUUGGACACGGCUGUACAAUAGUGAAUGUGAAAUAAAUGAACGUGCAGGUGGUGAGGAGGGAUGAUGCGGACACGUGGAAGAUUCCGGCUGAGACAGAAGACCGGGAGUAACUCCCACGUCAGCUCUCCACAGAGUUUUUAUACAUUUUGAUUUUGUAAUUGGAUAAUCCUUUCAUGUUUAAGAAUAUAUAGUAAUAAUAAUAAUAAUAAUAAAUACAUUCAAAGCUA